AUGGCCAUGACAGAGACACCCUUUCAGUUUCAACUUGCACUUGAUGCACUCUCCUACCUCGUCACUCAACUCGAGCGUGAACGGGAUGACUCUAUUUCCUCCUCUGACGCCACAGGCACAGGAGCAGGAACAAGCACUAGCAUGGGCACUGGGCCAACCUCUGACGAUCUCGCCAAACUGAAGACUUGCACCCAGGCGUUCCUGACAGCGGCCUAUUUCUGUCUCCACAUGGCCACCAAGCUGUCGUGUCUUUCUGAAGAGAGCUGUUGGAUCGGAUCGGCAGGACUAUCUAGAGCUGGAAGCGUUCGAAAUGCUUUUAUGGAGCAGGAUUGGGCUCGUGGACGACUCUACUACGAAGCACACUACAUCUUCCGUUUGGGAUUAGAAGACCUACUGUUAUUCAUGAAAACCAACCCGAGCACCAUCAAACUGUUUGCAGCCUUCGAACCAUCCCUCAAAGAACUCAAGUCCGAAAGUAACCUUCGUGAGAAAUAA